AUGCAUUCCCACCUUCACACCCCCUACAACAUCAACUGCGAGGAGAUCAUGACCGCAUUGGACGAAUGCCACGCCCAAGGGUUCCUGCACAAGGCGCUGGGCAACUGCAACGACAUCAAGCGCGAGGUCAACAAGUGCCUCUCGGAGCAACGCUAUGCGCGCGCAAAGCAGAACCGCGACCAGGCGCGCGAGAACCGUCGACGGAUUGAGAAGAUCUGGGCGGACGAGAAGGUGUUUGAGGGGGUUCCUGCUGCUGCUGCUGCUGCUGAGGGGAAAUAA